GUUUAAGAAUCAACGGUGGCACUGUCACUGGAGACAAAAGAUGGCGCAUAAUACUGCGUCCCAUAACCUCCUCAAUCUUUCUAGAGGAUUCAAAAGGCUCAACGUUUCUGACCCAUUGACGCAAUGCCUUGCACCUCGAUUGACCCGCACGUUUGCCUCUCAAACAGACCUACCUGUGGCCGACACUGCUAAAGACAUCCGAACCGGAAUCAACGCCUCAAACCCCUCGACUGCCCCGUCAUCAACUGCCUACACCCUCGAAACCCCGAUCAUCAAGACCAUAUAUUCCUGGCCGACUUUAGAACCCAAACAGUUUGGAUGGUAUAGACCCCAGCUUCUCGAUGCUCCGAUGCGUCGAGAUAUUUUGCACCGAGCAGUCAUAUAUGAAGCCGACGCAUCACGUCAAGGUACCGCCAGCACAAAAUGGCGAUUCGACGUUCACGGCAGCAACCGCAAGCUAUACCAGCAGAAAGGUACCGGAAGAGCUCGUGUACGUGACAAGAAGUCACCCAUCAGAAGAGGUGGAGGUGUCGCUUUCGGACCGCAUCCGAGGGACUUCUCGACAGAGCUACAACGCAAGGUCUAUGCGCAGGCGUUCAGGGUCGCCUUGAGUUAUCGUCAUCGGAAAGGCGAACUGGUAAUUUUGAACAACAAGAUCCAACUGCCAUCAGAAGAUCUUGGUGCCCGAUGGUUGAACAAUCUGUUCGAAGCGAAUCAUUGGGGCAAAGCUCAUGGAAGAAGUCUACUGGUCACUGCGACACGCGAGGAGAAGGAGCCAAGAAUUUUUGACGAGAUGGAUCAAAUUGGCGAACAUGGUGUUCUCAAGGACUUUGAAGAUGUUGACGUUAAGGAUUUGUUGGAGACUGGUCGCGUUGUAAUCGAGAAGGAAGCGCUCGUCUCGCUGCUAGUGAGACUUGGGGGUUUUAGUCCAGACGAGCUCAGACCUGUUUAUACUGACACCCUGUAAAAUAUGUACCUAUAGAAGGAAACUUUGGAACCUUUGGUGAAUCUGGCCUCGGUAAAUCAUAGGAAGCAACAUCUUCGACACCACGUCGUGAAAUUGCC